CUAUACUUCUGAGAGAGAGAAGACGAUGAUCUACUCAUCUCAUGUCCUCCUCAUCUUAUCUCUUCCGUGUCUAUAACUCCCCGCCGUAAAGACAACCCACUACCUGUUCAGCAAAAUUCCUCAUCCAUGGAAACUAGCAUUCUCGAAUCGAUUGGUGUCGAAAUCAUAGGCGUAAUGUCUCCCGUGUCGAUCUGCAUGCUCUUAGUCGUCUUCUUGGUGUACACCUUGACCCCGGCCUCUCCCGACCCGGUCCCAAUUCGCUCUGCAGCAACCUUAGUAUACCUGGAGAACCCCUCCGACUCUACCGCCCAGAAAUUCGAAGGCGCAUUGCUUAACGCUGCAGUCUUCGUCAUCCUCAUAGCGGCCGUCACUUUCCUCCUUGUCGUUCUCUAUUAUUACAAUUUCAACAAUUUCUUGAAGAAUUACAUGCGCUUCUCUGCUUUCUUUGUGUUGGGUUCUAUGGGCGGAUCGAUCUUUCUGUCUAUAAUCCAGCAUUUCUCGAUACCUAUUGAUUCGAUUACGUGCUCUAUUCUGCUUUUCAACUUUACUGUGGUGGGUGUUCUAUCGGUUUUCUCUGGUGGGAUUCCGAUAUUCUUACGGCAAGGCUAUAUGGUUCUUCUUGGGAUAAUUGUUGCCGCUUGGUUUUCCAAGUUGCCUGAAUGGACGACCUGGGUACUGCUUGUGGCCCUGGCUGUGUACGAUUUGGUUGCCGUGUUGGCCCCUGGCGGGCCAUUGAAGCUCUUGGUUGAGCUCGCUUCGAGCCGGGACGAAGAGCUUCCGGCUCUGGUGUACGAGGCUCGCCCUACCGUAUCUCCAAACCAUGGGGGUCGUGGAUCGUCCACAGCUUCUGCCUUGGGCCUUCUAGUUACUGGGUCGUUGGAGUCAGGCUCCGUUGAGCUUCAGCCGGUGCCACGGAAUAAUGGAAAUCGGCUUGGAGUUGUCGACGCUGCAGAUCUUCGGGCUCGACAGAUAGAUAAUAGGAGAGUAGAUGAAGAGUCGACUCCUUUGGUUUCUUGCUCGGCCGAGGGAAGGCCGACGAGCAGUGGAGGUUUUGAGUCUGACUACUCCACGGAGAAUGUUGGGUCACUACAAGCUCAACUCUAUGGCAAUCAAGAUUCUGAGAUUGUUGUUGACGAGGAAAUGUCACCCCUUGUUAAUAUGCGUUUGGGGAGUGAGAGAGAACAGACCGAUAAUUGGGGCGGUAGAAGCAGUGGUACUGAGAUUCCUGUGAUAGAAACCCGAGGUAUCAAACUGGGUCUUGGGGACUUUGUUUUCUACAGUGUUCUCGUGGGUAGAGCUGCAAUGUAUGAUCUGAUGACCGUGUAUGCUUGUUAUCUUGCGAUUAUAUCUGGACUUGGAUGCACAUUGAUUUUGUUGUCUGUGUGCCAAAAGGCUCUACCUGCGCUCCCGAUAUCCAUCAUGUUGGGUGUCACCUUUUACUUCUUGACUCGGUUAUUAAUGGAACCCUUUGUUGUUGGGUUGUCCACUAAUUUGAUGAUGUUUUGAAGGUUUCCCUUUUUAUGAGAUUUCUACACCAUAGAUACCAUUGUUUUUAAUGAUAUUAGGAUUUUACACAAUCAAUGGAGUUCAUUCAUGCAUGAUCUCUUCUUCUUCUAGCUGUCCUGUAAAUUGUAUGUAUGAUUCCAACUUUCAGAAUCAAAUUUAACUUUUU